CACGCCGUGUGCCUGGAGCAGGCCAUGGUCUUCAUCGAGGAUGCCAUCCAGUACCGCUCUAUCAACCAUCGCAUGGACGUCUGGUCGAUGUGGCUGUACCGUUGGUAUUACUCCAACCUGUGCCAGUGGGUUCUGAGCAUCACCAUCUUCCUCAUCCUCGCCCUGGCCUUCGUGGAGAGCCCUUCGUCACUCUCGAGGACCUCGGAUGUGCGCUACCGCGAGGCUGCGUGGGAAGCGCCAUGUGGGGUGACUGAGAGCCUGGAAGGCCUCUGCCUGCUGAUCUUUGUGGCCGACAUCUCGGUGAAGGGCUACCUGGUGCGGUUGGAGCGCUUCCGCCGGAACCCCUGGCUGCUGGCCUAUGUGGUGGUGAUCACCGUGUCGCUGGCCGACUGGAUAAUGACGCUCGCUUUCCUGUGCCAGGAGCACCUGCGCGUUCGCCGCCUGCUGCGCCCCUUCUUCCUGUUGCAGAACUCGACCAUGAUGAAGAAGACGCUCAAGUGUAUCCAGUGGUCGCUGCCGGAAAUGGCCAGUGUCAUGCUGCUGCUGUGCCUGCAUCUGUUCCUCUUCACCAUGUUCGGGAUGUUGCUCUUCACCAGCGACAAGGACAGCGACGGGCAGGACAAGGAGCGACAGCAGUACUUCCACACCCUGCCCGAAGCCCUCACGUCCCUCCUGGUGCUGCUCACCAUGGCCAACAACCCCGACAUCAUGACGCCUGUAUACUCCAAGAACCGGGUCUAUGCCAUCUUUUUCAUCCUCUUCACCCUCAUAGGAAGCCUGUUCUUGAUGAACCUGCUGACUGCUAUUAUCUACAACCAGUUCCGGGGCUACCUCAUGAAGUCCCUGCAGACGUCUCUGCUCCGGCGGCGCCUGGGCACACGAGCGGCCUUUGAGGUGCUGGCAACGCCGGUGCAGGAUUCGGAGCAUCCCCAGCAAGUUGGGGUGAAGGUCCAAGAUUUGCUGAAGGUUCUUGAGAAAGGGCAGCUGUCCAACACCCACAAACAGGCCAUCAUAAAGAAUGUUUGUUCCUGCGGCAGCAGCGUGCUGUUGGCCGAUGAGUUCCAGAAACUCUUCUACCAGUUUGACAGGAGGAUAAGCAAGGAGCAUCCCCCGAUGCCUGAGUACCAGUCUCCUUUCCUGAAGACGGCCCAGUUCUUCUUCAGCCACCCCUUCUUUGACUGCCUGGGCAACCUCGUUGCCAUUGGCAACCUGGUGUCCAUUUGUUUCUUCCUGAUUCUGGACCGUGGUGUGCGCACUGGCCAGUGGGACAACUUUACCAUGGAGGUCCUCAAUUGCGUCUUCAUCCUGUACUACCUCUUCGAGGCUCUGCUCAAGGUGUUUGCGCUGGGACUGCGGGGUUACCUGUCCCGGCCCAGCAACGCCUUUGAUGGGCUGCUCACACUUGGCCUGCUGGUUCUGGAAGUCUCUGCACUGGUCGUGUACCGCUUCCCAUACCUGGGUCUGGGCUGGACGCCGCGGCUGCUGUCGCUCUGGGACUUGGCCAGGCUGGUGAACCUGUUCAUCGUCUUCCGCUUCCUGCGCAUCAUCCCCAACGUGAAGCUCAUCGCCGUGGUGGCCAGCACCUUCAUGGACCUUGUCAGGAACAUGCGCGCAUUCGGUGGGAUCCUGGUGGUGGUUUACUACGAAUUUGCCAUCAUCGGCCUUAGCCUGUUCCAGGGUGUCAUCGUCCCGCCUGGAAACAGCAGCCUGGCCGCCAACGCCUCUGCCACCUGUGGGAGCUUCGAGCAGCUGGAGUACUGGGCCAACAACUUUGAUGACUUUGCUGCGGCCCUGGUGGUGCUGUGGGACAUCAUGGUCGUCAACAACUGGCAGGUGUUCCUGGACGCCUUCGUGCGCUACGCGGGACCGUGGUCCAAGGUCUACUUUGUGACCUGGUGGCUUGUGUCGUCUGUUAUCUGGGUCAACGUGUUUCUGGCUCUGAUUCUGGAGAACUUUCUCAGCAAAUGGGACCGGCAGGGCAACAUGCCAGUAAUCGGUGGUGUCCGAGAGACCACGCAGGCCUUGUCCCUAGAGCUGCUUUUCAGCGACAUUCUGGAGGAGCCCACUGAGGAGCAGCUGAUGGAGAAGCUGCGCCACUACCCCUACCUGCAGUUGUGCCGGUGA